AUGCCCCCCGCUCUAAAAAGCGCCCCGAUCUAUUUCGGCCCAUUCCUGGUGACAUCGCAGGUCUUCCAUCAAACCCCCCUCACAAUAGCAUUAGUAAACCUCAAACCCAUCCUGCCAGGCCACGUCCUUGUCUCCCCGCGCAGGAUCGUACCCCGCGUGAGCGACCUCACCGCCACCGAAACCAGCGAUCUAUUCCUGACUGUGCGACGCGUCGGACGCAUGAUCGAACGAGUCUACGGCGCGAGUAGUCUGAAUAUAGCUGUUCAGGACGGGGUAGAUGCGGGUCAGAGUGUUCCGCAUGUGCAUGCGCAUAUAAUUCCGAGGAAAAAGACGGAUUUGGAUCAUUUGGGUGGUACGGAUGCUGUGUAUGAUUUAUUGGAUGGGGUGGAAGGGGAUCUAGGUCGGGUAUAUAAGGAGAGGGAGGGGAGGGAGCUAGAGAAUGGUGGUGGUCAUGCUCAACGAGAGAGGUCGCGGUUUCCGGCGGUGGAUAAUGAGGAGAGGAGGCCGAGGAGUAUGCAAGAGAUGGAGGAGGAGGCGAGGAUGUUGGAGAGGGAAAUAGAGAAGGAGGUUGACUGA